GGCAGCUUAGGGUUAUUUGCCCCUCUUCACCAUGGACAUGCCCCCAACUAUUAUUUCUGUGGAGGGAUACGACACUUGUCGUCCUGAGGACGAUAUCAAGAGUGAAUUGAUUAAUCACUUCAAUUCAUGUGGCGAAGUCUUUAAUGUUAUUCUCCGCGAAGACCCAGAUAGCCCUAAUCUCGACAGACGUGCUUUGGUUAUUCUACUCGGAGAAGGCGCAGAAGAGAAGGCCUUGCAACUUAAUGGAACUGAGAUUGGUGGAUGGAAGGCUCUUGUUAAAGUUGAACCAGAGGAGGAGGAAGAAGACGAGGAGACACAACGUUAUAGAUCCUUUCUGUUUGACGAACUAACGAAUGACCGCAGAUUUUGGUAUGGCGUUACGGUGAGGGGAUAUGACACUUGCCUUCCUGCAGAUGAAGUCGAGAGCGCUUUGAAAGAACGCUUCUCUUCUUGUGGAGAGAUCACCCAUGUUUUUGUCAAUACUCUCGAUAAGCUGACUAAUAUCUAUUUUCACCAAAAAGAAGGAGAAGCUAGUGCACUGGAUCUUUGUGGAAGUGAAGUGGGAGGAGGAUUCAAAAUAGCUGUUCAGCGCGUAGCUACAAUCUUUUCUAACCGUCCCCCUCCCUCUUCCUCUCCCUCCGGUGAAAGUGAAAGUGAAAUUUACUUCGGCUACUCUAUCCCAGAUCAUAUGACUGAGUUAUCCGGCUUGAUCGAGGACAAGGUGUCUGCUUUUAAGAGACAGAAGACGUCUGUCUAGAAAUCUCAUAAUUAGUCUAUUAUCUUUUAUGUUUUAAUGUCAUAUAAUACAAUGCAACCUUUAUGUUUUAAUAAUCUAUCCCAGGUACACUGAAAAAUUUGUUUCUAAUUGUGUUAAAAAAAAAAAACUCUCAUGAAUUCUUGUGUUUAUUGUAUAUGUAGAUCAUAUGACUGAGUUAUCCGGCGUGAUCCAUGACAAGGUCGCUGCUUUUAAGAAGCAGAGCAUUUCUAGAUAGAAAUCUCUCUCAAGAAGCUCUAUCUUUGUGUUUUUCAUAAAAUAUUUUUUUUGUAGUCGCUGCUUUUAAGAAGCAGAAGAUUUCUAUCUAGAAAUCUCUCUCAAGAACUCUAUCUUUGUGUUUUUCAUAAUUAAUAAAUCAUGUCAGAUAUAAUACAAUGCAACCUUGGGGAUUUCUUAUGUAUGUUUAAUGUCAGAGCUCAUUAUGUAUGUAUGAUGAGCCCUUUGUGU